UGUCUAUGCCUCACCUUUCUGUCUGUCCUGUGUUUGUUUUAUGUUUCACUUGGGUGUGCACAGCCCUCAAUGGCAUAAUGUAGGAAACAGCUUGAAAUAAACAUGAUAGGUUAAUUUGCCAUGAGGGCAGGUGAUGGUCACAGUCACAAAGAAGAAAAAAAAAAUAAAAAUUUGCACAUGAAGCUUACCACAGCGGGUGAGAAAAACACAUUUGUCCGACAAAAACAAAUAUUCAUCCAUCCGUUCUCUCAUCCGUUCACCAUGGCACCAUGAGUGGUUGGUGUCAUUUUAGAAAAAAAAAAAAAAAAAAAAAAGCUUGUCCAUCUGUUCAGCCUCAGAUCAGUGUCCAACUUCACUCGAGCCUACUUAUGCCCACAAACUCAGCCAGAAACCUGGGUGUCAUGAUUGAUGACCAGCUGACCUUUAAGGUUCACAUGGCCUCAGUUUCUCGAUCUUGUCGUUAUGCCCUUUACAACAUCAGGAAGAUCAGAUCCUUCCUGACCCAACAGGCCACACAACUUCUGGUUCAGGCUCUUGUGAUGUCACGCAUUGACUACUGCAACUCUCUUCUGGCAGGUCUUCCUGCAUGUACAGUCAAACCUCUACAGAUGAUCCAGAAUGCAGCAGCACGUCUGGUCUUCAACCAGCCCAAAAGAGCUCAUGUCACUCCCCUGUUCAUCUCCCUUCACUGGCUUCCAGUUGCAGCCAGAAUCAAAUUCAAAACUCUCCUCCUGGCUUACAAAACAUUUACAAGAACGGCCCCAGCCUACCUGGAUUCCCUGAUCCAGGUCUACUCCCCUUCACGCCCACUUCGCUCUGCAUGUGAGAGACGCCUGGUGCUUCCAGCCCAGCGUGGCUCAAUAUCUCUAGCCAGACUCUUCUCCACUGUUGUUCCCAAAUGGUGGAACAAACUACCAAACUCUGUGCGUUCUGCUGAGUCCCUUUCUACUUUUAAAAGACAAUUGAAGACUCAAUUGUUCAGAGAACACCUAGGCACUUAAUCUGACUCCACCUUAGGGGUAGAUUAAGUCAGGUGGUCCAAAACCCAGCACUUAUUUAGCGCUGACAAAGUUUAA